UUUUAUAUGAUAUAAAUUAUCAAUAUGCAUCCCAUACUUUGAAUUCCCCUUCUGUUGUCCUGGAGUUUUAAUUUUGUCCAAUGACAUUAUUAAAUGUCCCCCUCUGGCCAUCCACUACAGCCAAGCAGUGAUAAAGAGUUAAUGGAGAAUGUGGAUUUCCCGGGAACAGAUAUAAAAUUUCUCUACUCUCCGGAUGCAAGGCACUGUCAGUAGCUGUGCACUGAGCACCCCUCCUGUCUCUUCUUUACCUUUGUUCGACAAGACUGGACCAGAGAUAACAGGAACUUCUACUGCUACCUCAAGUCCACUCCCUCUCAAGAGCCCAAAGUCCAGACUCCAGUACAGGGUGUCACUUCGGGCUUCUCUCUCAAAAACUGCCCCUCUAAGCUGGAACAACUUUGUCGGUCUCAGCUGUACCAGAAUGUGGACUUCAGGGGGUCAGACUACAAAUCGUUGUUCACCUCCAGUGAUGAAGAGUGUCAGAGGGUGUGCACACAGGACCCUCACUGUUGGUUCUUUACUUUUGUAAAAAACGCCUUCACACCAGAGAACAUAAAGUUUAACUGGGAAACAUACAAAUUUUGCCAGGGAAAGCUUUUCUUAAACACUGACAUCCCAGGACACGACAUUGACAAGCUGCCCGCCGCCUCUGCUGAACACUGUCAGGCUCUGUGCACUGAUAAACCAAGCUGUACAUAUUUCACCUAUAACAGUCGUAACUUCCAAUGUUACUUGAAGGAAAAUCCAUCUAUAAUGGUGACCAGCACCAACGUGAUAGCCACAUCUGGGAUACCGGUGCACUUCUGCCAGAUGGAUAACAGUUGGCUUCAAGUGUCUCAUCAAGGAGUUAGUUUCCAUGGUUCUGACUUUCGCUCUGAGUCGAUGGAUGAUCCAGACAAGUGUCAGAGGACCUGUACUACAGAUCCGCUUUGCCAGUUCUAUACUUACUUCAAUGAAUCCUACUCCAACCCUGAUUUCGGGUACAGUGCUCAUUCAUGUCAACAAAAUCAUGAACCAGGAAUUCAGUUCCCACAGAGAAAUCAUGUAACAUUUAAUUUGAUCGUCACUACAAACAAACACGCCCCAACAAUAUGUGAUUGCAGGCGCCGCUGUUAUCUCAAGCGUGUCAUCGCAGCACCUGCUCCUUCCAAAGUUAAUACAUUUAAUAAUGUAGUGUCUGGAUUCUAAAGAACUGUGUAUAGACACACACACACACACACACACACACACACACACACACACACACACACACACACACACACACACACUUCAUGCCUCUCUCUGGAUUGUAUUUAAUUAAAUAAUUUCAUACUGCUCAUACUGCUUCAUUCGUUUGAAAGUCAGAAUUCAGUGAGCACAACUUCUUAUU